AUGGCUGCGGGUUGCUCAGUGGCUCCGCGACCGAAGGCGGCCUCAGAAGGGCCGGCCGGCAUCUUGCCUUGCCUAGAAUUGCCUACCUACGCGGCUGCUUGUGCGCUUGUGAAUAGCCGCUACUCCUGCCUGGUGGCGGGGCCGCACCGAAGACACAUCGCCCUAUCGCCCUGCUAUCUUUACAGGAAACGCACCGGUAUUCGAGAACAGCUCAAUGCAGAGCUCCUGCGCUAUUCCGAGAGCCUUUUAGGUGUACCCAUUGCUUAUGAUAACAUCAAAGUAGUGGGUGAAUUAGGAGAUAUUUAUGAUGAUCAAGGACACAUUCAUCUUAACAUUGAAGCAGAUUUUGUUAUUUUCUUCCCUGAACCAGGGCAAAAACUUAUGGGUACAGUUAAUAAAGUGUCCUCCAGCCACAUCGGCUGCUUGGUCCAUAAGUGCUUCAAUGCCUCCAUCCCUAAACCUGAGCAGAUGCCAGCUGACCAGUGGCAGACGCUGCAGAUAAACGUGGGUGAUGAACUAGAAUUUGAAGUAUUUCGUUUAGACUCAGAUGCUGCUGGAGUAUUCUGCAUUCGGGGAAAACUAAGUAUGACUAGUUUACAAACCAAGUGCUCUGCAGUUCCUGAAAAAGCACCAGAAACUGGCGCUGAUGUACCUGUCGAAAAACCUCCAAAGAAGAAUAAGAAAAAGAAGAAAGACCUAGAGCCAUGUGAAGCGGAAGGCAGUACCACAGAGCAAGCAGAAUUUGCAGAUGUUACCAUGAAGGACGAGACAGACCUGCAGGUUAGUAACAGUGUGAAUGGCCUCUGGGAGGGAGAGCAGAAGAAGAAGAAGAAAAAGCACCAGGAAGGUCGGGACCAAGAGCCUGUUUUCCAAGGCAGUGACUCCAGUGGUUAUCAAAGUGACCAUACAAAGAAGAAAAAGAAAAGAAAGAGUGAGGAGGCUGAACUUACACCACUCGUGGAACAUGCACCUAAAAAGAAGAGGGAAAAAUAA